CUCCCUCCAUCCCACCAUGCCUCCAUCCUCCCCUGCCUCCCUCCCUCCAUCCCUCCUGACCACACCCUCCCUCCCUCCAUCCCUCCCGCCCUCCCUCCCUCCAUCCCUCAUCCCGGUCCCUCCCGGCAGCUCCGCACCGCGGUGCCGGCAGGGCCCGGGGCCCCCAGACCGCCGCCGCCCCGGCCCGGCCCCGCCGCCCUUUGUCUGCCGCCGCCGCGGGCCGCGCCCGGCCGGACCAUGAGCGAUGACCCGACGCCCUGGGACAACGCGACCGAGAGCAGCACGGCGGUGCCCGGCGAGGUGUCCCCCCAGGAUGGCUACGUGCUGCUCCUCGCCCUGCUCUCCAUCUUCAUCGGGGGCACCCUGGUCCUGCUCUCCGGCGUCCUGAUCAUCUGCCGCCGCUGCUGCGAGGCCGAUCGCCGGCACUCCAGGGCCAGCGAUGACCCCGAGAAAACCACCACCACCUACCUGGACGACUCGCAGCCGGCCCAGGACAUCACCAUCAAGAUGGAAGACCCCGACUGCCUGUCGUCCUCCAGCUACCGGGACGCGGAGGGCGAGCGGUUCCUGUCCUCCAGCUCCUCCGCCGCCCGGCGCGUCUCCUUCAACGAGGCGGCACUCUUCGACCAGGGCAGGAGGACCCAGGAGAAGGGCAGGAGGUACACGCUGACCGAGGGCGACUUCCACCACCUGAAGAACGCCCGCCUGACCCACCUGCACCUCCCGCCACCCGCCCUCAAGAUCGUCACCAUCCACGAGUGCGAGUCCAGCGAGAACAGCCUGGCCAUGACCCCCCGCCUGCCCCCCGCCAAGCCCGGCCUCGCCAUCUUCCAGCCCCCCGCGGGAGCCCUGCCGCAGCCGGCGCUGCCCAGCCACGCCGUGUGCCCCAGCUCGGCCCUGCCCGGGGACACCUACAACUCCACCGUGGACGCCAGCUUCGCCGAGGCCAGCCCGGCCGCCUCCUCCGACUCCGGGGAGGGCCCCGCGUUCACAGCAGCCUCCAGGAGCGGGAAGGCGGCCGGCGCGGGCAGCGGCGAUGCCCCCCCGGCCCCGGCGCCCGGCACCGUGCUGCAGUUCUUCACGCGCCUGCGCCGCCACGCCAGCCUCGACGGGGCCAGCCCCUACUUCAGGAUCAAGAAGUGGAAGCUGGAGAGCACCCAGCGGGCCUCGAGCCUGGACACCAGAGGCUCCCCGAAGCGGCGCCAGUUCCAGCGGCAGCGGGCGGCCAGCGAGAGCAUGGACCAGGAGGACCGGGACCCCCACCAGACCGACAUCAUCCAGUACAUCGCCCGCACCGACGACGUGGCCUUCCACCCCGCGGCCGGCCCCUUCCUGCCCUCCCCGGCCAGCCCCCCACCCUCUCUCGGCAGGCUAGAGCCGGGCGAGGGGGGCGCGGGCGGCCCCGGGGAGGCCGGCGGCCCCGAGCAGCCCAGCGCCUACCACGACAUCUGGAGCCUGCGGGCCUCGCUGGAGCUCUACGCCUCCUCCGAGCGCAGCAACGACCAGGACUCGGUGCGCAGCGACGGCGGGGACAGCGUCUCCUCCGCCGGCGGCCUGCCCCCCUGCCCCUCCUCCUCCCUGGAUGAGGCCGAAGGCCCGGAGGAAAAGCCCUGGGGCCGGCCCAAGCCCGAGGGCCCCGACUCGGAGCCGGGCACGCGCAAGCUGCUGCAGAUGGACAGCGGCUACGCCUCCAUCGAGGCGCCCAGCCGGGCGGGCGACGAGGGGCACCCCAAGGACCAGACGGCCUCGGAGAAGCGCAUCUGCUUCACCAGCGCGGGGCGGAAAGGCACCAUCUUCGAGAGCUUCGAGGGCCGGGAGCCGGAGGAGGAGGAGGAAGAGGAGGAGGAGGAGGAGGAGGGCGGCGAGCCCCGGGGCGCGGCGGGCGGGGGGCCCCCGCCGCCCCCCAGCCCCCUGGCCUGGCCCCCCUACGGGCAGAUGUUCCCCGGGCGGGAGGCGCCGCCGCGGCGGGACUACAGCAUCGACGAGAAGACGGACGCGCUGUUCAACGCCUUCGUGCGCCACGACCCCCAGUUCGACGAGUCGCCGCCGCGGGGCAAGCACCGCUCCCGCACGCACCUGCGCAAGCAGUGGCAGCACGCCAAGCAGUACAGCGACCCCGGCGUGCGGUACCCGGCGCUGGAGCGGCACCGCACGCCGCUGCGCCGCGGGGACAGCGCCAACUCCCCGCUGGACGCCCGCCUGCACGGCCCGCUGCCCCGCGUCGUCAGCGCCGGCGACGGGGAGGCCGGGGAGGCCGGGGCCGCCGGCGCCCCGGCCCUGCCCGACCCCGAGAUCCAGGUGAUCGUGGAGGAGCCCGGCGAGGCGGCGCCCGAGCCCAGGGCCGGCCCCGAGAGCCCCGGCGGCGACUGCCCCGGCCCCGGCCGGUGCCUGCGGCUGGGCUCCGGCACCGAGCUCAUGGACAAGAUCGCCGGCGGCCUGGAGGAGCGGCUCUACGGGCACCUGCGGCAACCGGGAGAGCGCGCGGAGCGCGUGGUGGCCGUGGCGGCCAGCGACGCCCCCCCCGACCACAGCCCCGUCUAGGCCCCGCGCCAGGGGGGCAGAGACCCCGGCACGGCGGGGCUCGGCCCCACCAGGGUUCAGGGCUCCGACCCCUCCCGCCGCCGGCGCUGGGACCAGCCCGGUGCCCGGCCCGGGCCGCCGGGAGCGCGGGUGCCACGGGAAGGGCGGCCCCCCGGCACGGAGGGCGCGCGGGGCAGGGGCGGGGGCCCCGGCCGAAGCCAGCCCCAUGGAAGGGGUCCGGCAGCGUGGGGUGGCCGAGCCCCCUCGCUCCCGGGAGCGAGGGACAGAGAGGUGCCAAAGGGCCCCCGGGCUCGCCCGGCCCCGGAGGGGGCGCAGGGCUGCCGGGACCCCCCCGGGGACCCCCCCGGGGCCGGCGGGGCCGGGCCGAGAGCCAGAGCAGAGCGUUUGCCAAAGCCAGUCGCGACGACGGCCAGGAGGUCGGUUACGAGGGACCCUGUUAAUAAACCCCCAACUCCAGCUGAGGCCUGACCCUAACUAACCUCACGGCAGAGCUGUGUAGCAGAUACGCUCUCCCCUCUCUCCCCGGUUUUUUACAAGCAAUAACGCCUCGCUCCCCGUCUGCCUGGGGACGCCGCAGGGAGGGGGCCGGGGCUGGGCAUCCCGCCGCUGGCUGGGGCGGCCGCGGUGCUGUCCCCGCGGGGCGCAGGACGCGGCAGUAAUUUGGGGAGGGGGUAAUCGCCUCGCCGCCCCUGCCUGGCGCUCACCCAGCCCCGCGGGGAGCCGCACGGAAGCGGGGGGCCGGCGGCCGCGGUGCCCGGGCAGGGAGGAUGCUCGAGGGCCCCGCGGGUCCCUCCCGGGGCACGGGCGCACCGCGGGCUGCGCCAGGCUCUGCAGCCCACUGCCCUCAGGGCUCGGGGAGCAGGACCAGCCCUGGGGCCCCCUGUAAUUCCGAGGGGAGGGAGGCGGCUCUUCGCCAGCCCCCGGCACGCAGGGACGAGGGAGGAGAGGCGAGCGCGGGUCGGGCAGGCGCUUGCAUGCGACUCGCCAGCCCCGAGGUGCUCCUCGCCUCGCCCCUGCCCGUCCCGAAAGCUCGGCGCUGGGUUGAUGCAUUCAGUGGAUAUUUAUUGAUUUUUACAGAGGUGGAUGCUGCUGCUCCGGGGGAAGGGGUUAGCUUUUUGUUGGGUUUUUAUUCGUGUUCCAAAGGACGGGUGAAAAAAAGAAAAAAGCCCAAGAUUUAUUUCCUGGGAGACCUGGCAGCGGGAACGGGCAGGAGGGGCAGGCAGGGCUCGGCCGAGGGCCCCCCUCCACACCGCAGACCUGCCCCGCGCCCCCUCCCUGGUGACCCUAUUGCAUGUGAGCAAAGAGGCCAGGUCGCUCCUUCCCCUCUGCAAAGUCUCUGGCCAAAGCACUAACUCCAACUCCAACUCAGCCUUUUUAUGUCUAUAAACAAAGGAGAUAAAAACAAACAAAAAAAAAGAAAACAAAACAAAACCUGUGACUU